GCUCCACACUGUCCCAGCACCACAGCCUGAUGCAGCUGUCCACAGAUCAGCCUCACAGGGACGCAGCUGAGGAUGUCCAGUGGUCCAGGCCUGAGUGCCAGGCAUGGACAGGAAUUCUGCUGCUGGGCACCUGUUUGCUGUACUGUGUGCGGGUCACCAUGCCUGUCUGUGUGGUUGCCAUGAGCCAAGACUUCGGCUGGAACAAGAAGGAGGCUGGUGUUGUGCUCAGCAGCUUCUUCUGGGGCUACUGCCUGACACAGGUUGUGGGAGGCCACCUUGGGGACCGCGUCGGCGGCGAGAAGGUCAUCCUGCUGUCGGCCUCCACCUGGGGCCUCAUCACUGUGGCCACCCCUGCGCUCGCCCACCUUGGCAGGGCCCACCUGGUCUCCAUGGCCUGCUCACGCGUUCUCACAGGACUGCUUCAAGGCGUGUACUUCCCUGCCUUGACCAGCCUGCUGUCGCAGCGUGUGCCGGAGAGUGAGCGGGCCCUCGCCUACAGCACUGUGGGGGCUGGCUCCCAGUUUGGGACACUGGUGACAGGCGCCGUGGGCUCCCUACUCCUGGACUGGGGUGGCUGGCAGAGUGUCUUUUACUUCUCGGGUGGCCUCACCUUGCUCUGGGUGUGUUACGUGCACAGGUACCUGCUGCAUGGAAAAGAUCACAUCCUGGCCCUGGGUGUCCUGGUACAAGGCCUGCCCCUGGCCAGGCCCUCCAAAGUGCCCUGGAGACAGCUCUUCCAGAAGCCUUCUGUCUGGGCGGCCAUCUGCGCCCAGCUGUCUUCGGCAUGUUCCUUCUUCAUCCUCCUGUCAUGGCUGCCCACCUUCUUCAAGGAGACCUUCCCCCACUCCAAGGGCUGGGUCUUCAACGUGGUGCCGUGGCUGGCUGCUAUUCCUGCCAGUCUGUUCAGCGGGUUUCUCUCUGACCAGCUCAUCAGUCAGGGUUACAGAGCCAUCACCGUGCGGAAGUUCAUGCAGGUGAUGGGCCUUGGCCUGUCCAGCGUUUUUGCACUCUGUCUGGGUCAUACAUCUAGCUUUCUCAAGGCUGUGGUCUUUGCGUCAGCCUCCAUCGGCCUCCAGACCUUCAACCACAGUGGCAUCUCCGUUAACAUCCAAGACCUGGCCCCAUCCUGUGCCGGCUUUCUGUUUGGUGUGGCCAACACUGCAGGGGCCUUGGCAGGUGUGGUGGGCGUGUGUCUGGGAGGCUACCUGAUCGAGGCCACAGGCUCCUGGACGUGUCUGUUUAACCUGGUGGCCAUCAUCAGCAACCUGGGGCUGGGCACCUUCCUGGUGUUCGGGCAGGCCCAGAGGGUGGACCUGAGCCCCACCCGCGAGGACCUCUAGCUUCUGACCUGCUGGCCCAAGGGUCCUGGUACCUGCAGCCUCCAGGGAUGAUGGGCUUCAUCUGAGGCUCAGCUGCUCUUGACCACAAAGCAGAAGCAGAGGAUGAAGACCCAGCAGUCGGGUGGCUCCCAGGGACCCACAUGAGCUGAGGCAGGGGCUAGGGCAGGGCCCUGGAAGGCUGGGUCGGGCUUGGGCUUGUUGCCUCAGUCCCCACAGCGGGGACAUCCCUGCCCUCCUCACAGCUGCUGUGACCAUGGCCUGCAGUUGGCUGCCUGUGGGGACAAAUGCAGGAGCCACGGGGCAGGCUGAGCCCCUCCGCCUCUCCGAUGGCUCCCACACGCUGACUGUGGGGCACUUGGCUGGAGGCCAGCUCCCUGACUCCUGCAUCAUAGGCCCCUCCUGUGUCCCUGCCUCCACUCGUGGCAAUCAGAAAGGGCUACAGACAUUGCCCAAUGUCGGGGAAGGGGCACCCCAGCAGAGCCAUGGUGCUCAUGAGGGCCUCAGUCCGACUUCUCCCUGCAGCCAGGCUGCCACCACGGAAGCCCAUGACAUCCAGAUGCCCCCACAGCCCUUGUCCCCCAUCCUGUGGACCCCAUGGCACUACUGACAUGGCCUGGGCCCAUGAACCCCUGGGACCUUCCCAAGGCCCUGCCAGGACUCUCCUGCUGUGAAGGGAAUGUCAGCACCUCCCUGGUGGUGCACCUUGCACUGCAGAGCAAAGAUGCACCCUUCUUUCCGGCCAUAUCCUCCUGCCUCCCUGUUGUACUUGAGGAGGAGCUGAUGGUUUCAUAAAUUAGUAGAUUCUGCAAGUUGAAUAUGUAUACGAGGAGAAAAGAAACUAUAAAAGUGUGGAAAGUCAUA